AUGAAGAGACCGAGAACGGGAAAGGUUGAUUCCUUCUUCUUCUCGCUCUGUAGACAACGAUCCUUUCAAAUUCUCUUCGUCAUCGCUCUUUUCUACGUUCUCUUGUUCACUCUCGAAAUCCCCUUCAUUUUCAAAAACACCGCCACGCGCUUCGAGAGGUACGCGCUCGAGCAACAGCAACAGCUUCAACCGAGUCAGUCUCAGCCCCACCAAAUCACUCGCCGCCGUAAUCGCCGUUCAAUUCUCUCCGGAUUGAUACUAAACGACACCGCAUUUGAUUCCGAGGUUUAUCAUUCCGCGUACCGCGCUGGGAGAAGGGUUUGGGAGGAACUUGAAUCGGCGAAAACGCCGAUUCAAACCGGCGCCGUUUUGAAACCGGAGAAUAAGUCACGGCCAUGUCCGCAAUCGGUUUAUGUUUCCGGGGUUGAUUUUGUGGGGAAUGGGAGUUUGAUGACGAUUCCUUGUGGGUUGACGUUAGGGUCGCAUGUGACGCUGGUUGGGAUGCCGUUGGGAACACCGGAGGGUAAGAUUUCUCACUUUAUUGUGGAGUUGCAGGGUUUGAAAACUGGUGAAGGUGAGGACCCACCUAGGAUAUUGCAUUUCAAUCCUAGGUUGAAAGGGGAUUGGAGUAACAAGCCUGUGAUUGAGCUUAAUACUUGUUAUAGGAUGCAGUGGGGUACUUCUUUGAGAUGUGAUGGUUGGAAAUCUAGGGCUGAUCAAGAUACUGUUGACGGGCUGGUGAAGUGUGAGAAGUGGAUUGGGGGAGAAUCCGGAGAUGAUAGAGAUGCAGUGGAGUCUAAAUCAGAAUGGUGGCUGAAGAGACUUAUAGGUCGAACAAAAAGAGUAACAGUUGAUUGGCCAUUCCCAUUUAAUGAGAACAAGCUAUUUGUUCUCACUCUUAGUGCUGGAUUGGAGGGCUACCAUUUUAAUGUUGAUGGGAGGCAUGUGGCCUCCUUUCCAUAUCGCACUGGCUUUACUCUUGAGGAUGCUACUGGACUCGCUGUAGCCGGAGAUAUUGAUGUCCAUUCUAUAUUUGCUGCCUCCUUGCCUUCAAUGCAUCCUCACAUUUCUCCACAGCAGUAUCUUGAAUUUUCAACCAGAUGGCGUGCCCCACCACUACCUGAGUUUGGGGUGGAAUUGUUCAUCGGCAUCCUAUCAGCUGGAAACCAUUUCGCUGAGCGGAUGGCUGUGAGAAAGUCGUGGAUGCAGCAUAGCCUUAUCAAAUCUUCAGAAGUGGUGGCUCGUUUCUUUGUAGCACUGCACCAGAGAAUAGAAAUUAAUGCAGAGUUGAAAAAGGAAGCAGAAUUUUUUGGAGAUAUUGUUAUUGUGCCUUACAUGGAUAACUAUGACCUUGUUGUGUUGAAAACAGUGGCUAUAUGUGAAUAUGGGGUUCAUAUAGCGGCUGCAGCUUACAUCAUGAAAGGUGACGAUGACACAUUUGUGAGGGUGGAUGCUGUUAUAAAUGAAGCACGGAAUGUUCCAGAUUCUAUGAGCUCUUAUAUUGGGAAUAUAAAUUAUCACCACAAACCCUUGCGCCAUGGUAAAUGGGCUGUGACGUAUGAGGAGUGGCCAGAAGAGGAUUACCCACCAUAUGCUAAUGGCCCGGGUUAUAUUCUGUCUUAUGAUAUUGCACACUACAUAGUUUCUGAAUUUGAGAAGCAUAAAUUAAGGUUGUUUAAAAUGGAAGAUGUGAGCAUGGGAAUGUGGGUGGAGAAAUUUAACAGCACAAAACAAGUGUACUAUUCGCAUAGUUUAAAGUUCUGCCAGUUUGGGUGUAUUGAAGGCUAUUACACAGCCCAUUACCAAUCUCCAAGACAGAUGAUGUGCCUUUGGGAAAAAUUGCAGCGGCAAACAAGUCCUCUAUGCUGCAACAUGAGAUAA